AGGUAACUGAGCUCCAGCUGCUCUUCUUCCCCAAGAAGAUCCACGAGACACUCCUCAGGAUGACCUCCCUCCUGAGAAAAUCACAUCCUGGGCAUGAAGAUGUCUCGAUUUCCCUGCCUGAAGCUUGGAUCUCUCCAGCUGGGCUCUCCUCAUCAUUCUCAGAUUUCUGUUGUCACCACUUAGUUUAAUGGAAAUUACCAUCCCAUGGAGCUGGUAGAACCGAGUUACUGCCUGAACCUACUUUUUUUUUCGUCUGCAGUUUAUCCAGUUACUUUACCUGGUCCUCACUGAGACCUGUGCAGCUCCACUGGCAGUUUUCUAAGGACAGGGAGCUUUCCCAGGAGGCAGACUAGCAUUCCAGAGCAGCCCCAGGAAAACUGGGUAGAGUCAGUCCCACUCUUAAUGGUGGAGUUUGUAGUCUGAGAUCACCUAAGUGGGUCAGAGCAUCCUGAGCACUAGGUCUUGGUGGAGAUGCGAAAAUGAGAAGGCGCAAGAGUCCUGGUCCCCACCAACCAGCCUCCCUGGUGACGAGUUCUGCACCUGGAACAGUGACCACUGUGCCCCUGGCUGCCUCCUCUCCUGCCAUCCUCACCACGUUCAACCCACAGAGGCCCCCAGCUGAUGUUCGUGUUACUUUUGAGGAUGUUGCUGUGCACUUCUCUAAGGAGGAAUGGUGCCUCCUUGAUGAGGCUCAGAGACACCUGUUCCUCGAAGUGAUGCUGGAGAACUUUGAACUCAUAUCCUCUCUAGGUUGCUGCUGUGGAGCAGAGGAUGUGGAGGCACCUACUGAACAGCAUGUUUCUGGGACAGUGUCACAGGCAAAGAACCCCAAUGGAGCUGUGUCCUCCCAGAAGAGCCACCCCUGUGAGUGUUGUGGGCCAGUCCUGAGAGACAUUUUCCACUUGGUUGAGCAGCAGGGAACACAACACAGCCUGAAACUAUUGAAGUGUGGGGCAUGUGCAAAGCAGUUUUAUUUAAGCAAGAAAGCCAUUGGAUGCAACCAGACGCUUGCUCAGGACCAUGGUGUCUGUAAUGGACUACAGUGUUUUGUGUGCUGUAAAUGUGAAAAAUUUUUUACAAAAAUCUCUGAUCUCCAUCAUCAUCAGAAAUUGCACACAGGAGAAAGUCCAUACGAGUGCAGUGAAUGCGGGAAAUGCUAUAAACAACACUCCACCCUUAUUCGUCACCAGCGACUUCAUUCUAAAGAAAAGCGUCAUGAGUGUGGCGAAUGUGGGAAAUUCUUUAGCCCCCGUUCAAAGCUCGUGGAACACCAGAGAGUUCACACUGGAGAAAGGCCAUAUGAAUGUGUUGACUGUGGGAAAUCCUUUAGACAAAGUUCAAACCUCAUUCAACACCAGAAAGUUCACACUGGAGAAAAGCCAUAUGAGUGUGGUGAAUGUGGAAAACGUUUUGCCAGAAUCUCUGAUCUUCGUUAUCAUCAGAAACUUCACACUGGAGAAAGGUCUUAUAAGUGCAUUCAGUGUGGGAAGUCUUUAACCACUAGUGAGGGCCUCCGUUAUCAUCAGAGUCUUCACACUGUGGAAAAGCCUUAUAAGUGCAAUGAAUGUGGGAAAUCUUUUGUCAGGAUUGAUCAGCUGAGUUAUCAUCAGAAAUGUCACACUGGAGAAAGAGCUUAUAAGUGCAGUCUGUGUGGGAAAUCUUUUACCACUCGCAUAGGGCUCAGUUAUCAUCAGAGACUUCACAGUGGAAAAAAGCCUUAUGAGUGCAGUCAGUGUGGUAAAUCUUUUACCAGUAAGACUAUGCUCCAUUGUCACCAGAGAAUUCACACUGGAGAAAGGCUUUAUGAGUGCAGUGAAUGUGGGAAAUCUUUUGUCAGGAACUGUGAGUUGAGUUAUCAUCAGAAAUUUCACACUGGAGAAAGGCCUUAUGAGUGCAGUCAGUGUGGAAAAUCUUUUACCUGUAAGAGUAACCUCCAUUGUCAUCAGAGAAUUCACACUGGAGAAAGGCCUUAUGAGUGCAGUCAGUGUGGGAAAUCUUUUACCCAUAGGAGGAGCUUCAGUCGUCAUCAGAGAAUGCACACCGGAGAAAGGCCUUAUGAGUGCAGUCAGUGUGGGAAAUCUUUUACAAGUAGGAGGAGCCUCCGUUGUCAUCAGAGUCUUCACACUGGAGAAAGGCCUUAUAAGUGCAGUCAGUGUGGGAAAUCUUUUACCAGUAAGGGUAGCCUCCGUUCUCAUCAGAGAAUGCACACCGGAGAAAGGCCUUAUGAGUGCAGUCAGUGUGGGAAAUCUUUUACCAGUAAGGAUAACCUCCGUUCUCAUCAGAGAAUGCACACCGGAGAAAGGCCUUAUGAGUGCAGUCAGUGUGGGAAAUCUUUUACCUGUAGGAGGAGCCUCCGUGGUCAUCAGAGACUUCACACUGGAGAAAGGCCUUAACAAUCAGUUGCAUCUUCAUCAGACAGUUCACAGGAGAAAGGGCUCAGGAUUGCAGUGAAUGUGGAAAAUAUUUUGCCAGAACCAGUACUUUCGUUGUCAUCAGAGACUUUACAGGUGUGCAUAUACGUUUGGAAGGAAUUAUUUAAAAAGAUCUUGCAAAGGGCCAUGUUUCCUAAUGUCUGUAAUUCCAUGGGUGAUGGUCACUUGGGUAUAGGAUAGUAGGGUUUAGGGUAAAGCAUAAUUACUACAUAAUCACUGGCCUAAUAGGGAUUGUGCAUAAUUCUUAAAAUGGAGAUAGGUUUCAUUUAUUUUUAUCAAUAACUCAUAAUAUGAUGUCCAAGUCAGAGGAGAGGAGAAUGUUUAACUUAAAGAAAUUAGGAAGUUGUGAUUUAAGCCACUUGUACGUUUUUGCAUUCUUCCAGCAGUGUAUGACAGAGUUAAUUCCUCCACAUCCUAGAAGAGGUUUGGUCAGUCCUUUAUUUAAACUUUUUUGUAACUUUGUCAUGCUAUAUCACUGUUUAUUUGGUUGCAUUUUUUCUAAGGCUUAAUGGUGAGCCAUUUUUCAGAUGUGCAUUUGCUAUCUCUAUAUUUGGUUAAAUGUCUGAGCAUAUGUUCUGCCAAAUCAAUGAAUUUUGGCAAGUUUCUUUAACAAACGGACAGUGAAACAAAAAUGCAGGUUAGAAUUUCACUCAUUUUGUGUCUUUUUUGCUUUGUAGGAUAAGUGUUUUUCAUAUUGGAAAAAAAUAAAAUAAAC